AUGAACCAAUUAACAAGCAGCCACCUCUUUUCAAUAUCACACUACUUUCUCUCAUUUUCGGACUUCGUAGCACUUGAAAUGGUUUGCAAGAAGUUCAGAAAUAUCACACAAAAUUUUACAUCGAAUCCAAUUCCUCUUACAAAGAAAACUCUCAAGCAUUUCCCACGUGUAAAAACACUGAAUUUAUGGAGUGAAAACGAUGAAAAUUUUGGGUACGAUUUUACCGGUAACAUUUCAGAAGACGACGACGGAACAGAUAUCUUUAAAAAUGAAACUAAUACCACAACCGUUCCACCUUUUGAUUUUGAUGACGAAAGUGCGCCGUCCGACGGAAACAGUCAAAUUUUCCUUUCAAAUAAUUCCGAAGACACAAAUAACACCAAAACUGAAGAAAACGCCUCUAAAACCGGAAAUUGUGACAUUCAAGACUUUCAGAAAGAGAAAUCCGUUCAAUCGAAUGAGCAACUUAAUUUUCAUACAGACGAAGAUGUCUUCUGUGAUAUGACAAAAGUAGACAAAAAUACAUUUGCGAGUGUUGUGGUUUGGUAUGAAGUCGAUUAUGAAACGUUUCUGACAUCUAAAGACACACUCAUCACUUUUAAGCGCGUGACAUACACUCAACUCGAUAGGAAGACGUACGGCGACACCAUUCCGCCCAUUUCAACGUCUUUAUCUCCAAAUUGCUUUUUUCAACAUUCAAUUCAAACCGUUUGUAUUCCACAAAAAGUCACUUCCAUCGGCGACUCGUGUUUUUCAAAUUGUGCCGCCCUUUCAAAAAUUUCGCUUCAAAAUUUCGUUCAAAUAAUCGGGGGGAGUGCCUUUGAAAAUUGCAGCCAUUUAACCGAAAUAACUCUUCCAAAUUCCGUCACGUCUCUUCGCCAAAAGUGCUUCUCCAAUUGCAUUCUUCUCAAAUCGGUGAAGCUCUCAGAUUCUAUUCCAGCACUUCCAACUUCUUGCUUUUCCCACUGCGAAGAACUUCAAUAUAUUCAAAUCCCAAACUCAGUCUCUUUCAUCGGAGAAAAGUGCUUUAAAAACUGCGGAUUGACGGCCAUCGAAUUUUCCUCUGACAAAACAGACAUGCCUUGUAACCCUAAUAACAAAACCCCAACCCCAACCCUAGUUCUUGGACAUUCGUGUUUUUUCAAUUGUGCGAAGUUGGUAACCGUGAAAUUACCACAAAAGAGUGUGAGAGUUGGGAUUCAAUGCUUUGAGAAGUGUGAGAAGAUGAGUUUGAUAGAGAAAAUAGACAAUGUGACAGAGGUACAUAACAAUUCCUUUUCAAAAUGUUGUUCUUUAAGUACUUUAUUGGUACCAGAAGACAACGUGGAGGUACCGGAUUUCUGCUUUGAGCACUGCAAGAAUGUGCGUUCGAUUAAUAUUCCAAACAAAACGACGUCUUUGGGAGAGUCGGCGUUUUCGUGUUGCAAGCGAGUGACUUCCGUUGACAUGACAAAUGUGUUAAAAAUCGGCAAGAAGUGUUUUUUCAGAUGUUCCAAACUUCCAUCUGUCAUGUUUUCAAGGAAUUUGAAAUUUCUUGGCGGUGAGGGUUUCUGUGAGUGCACGACGCUCUCGAAAGUGGUGUUGCCGGAGAGUCUCACACAACUUGGUGAUGGCUGUUUUAGGAAAUGCGUUUCAUUGAAUUCUAUCGAGCUGCCAAAAUCACUUGUUUCUGUCGGGUGGAGGUGUUUCAGUGAUUGUUCGUCUUUGAGCGCAAUUGUGAUACCACAAAGUGUGAAAGAAAUAGGGAAGGCGUGCUUUGAAAAUUGUGUGAAGCUACAGGAACUGCAGUUGCCUGACAAUUUGAGAAGCGUUGGGGGGACAUUGGUCACUGUAUUUAAACCAAGUGAGGUGUAUGAAAUGGUUGGAAUAUCAAAAUUGUGGGAUGGGUGUGAGAGAGAUAUCUUUUGGAAAAGCCAAUAUAAACUUAAUUGA